AGUUUUAUACCAUCGAAUACUGAGCAAAAAAAGUAAAACUAUGUUUGGACUCAUUUUGUUCAUUUUAUUCACCCCCGGAGUCAGUGAAUUAAUUUGUACAUCAUCUGAUCUUGAAAUGUCAUAUACUUUUUGUGAUUCUAUGGCUCAGGCUUUCAUGUUUAAUCUGACACCUUGCAGCGUGACCAACGAACAUGUCUGGAAGGCUGCUCUUACCUGGAUUCCAAGAAGUGACAUCCACUUUUUGAAGAUUGUCUUCAAUGUCUGGUACGAUGGUGCCAAAGCGCUCUUCUGGAAAGAACUCCUCUGCAGCGGAGCUGACGAUGAAUACUCAGUGUGUGGAACACUGAAAGGAGAAACACUUGCAUCAGCAUUUGACAUUAAAGGCUCAAGAAUAGCAUUUCCAAAGGGCAAUUAUAGUAUUGUUGUGCAAGGAUUCUCUGAUGAUUCUGAGAAUAAUAUGGUCAUAUGCUUGAAUUUCACCAUGAUAGUAAAACAAGAUCUUUUCUGAGUGCAACAAACUUCUCAAAUAAUUCCAGAACAUGGAGAUCACUUCUGUAAGCAACUAGAAUCCAAGCUCUGAAAUAAUAUGCAUUCUGAAUUUCCUGAAGCAGAAUAUAUCAUGUGCUAUCUGGGAAGCUUUAUAGUCUUACUCAUUUGUAGCACAGCCAUAAUCAGUUGCUCGGCCAACGUGCACCAAAUCUCUGGGAAUCAGCUAUCCUGGUUAAGCCACAGAACUACCCUGACUUGAUGUCAGUCUGGACUUGCAUUUUAGUGCUGUGCCUUGAGUUACAAAAAAGUUGAUCCUUCAGGCUGACAUAAAGUAAUCAAGAAUUUUGAAGUGCAAGAAUCAGAAGUUCAUCAGUAUUCAAUUUAAAAUAACACAGCAAUUGAAUUUGGGAAUCCUGCUGUGAGGUGGUAAGGGUGUUUUUUGGGUUUGUUUGGGUUAUUUUCUUUUCUUGUAACAAUAAAACUUGUACAAUCAAUCA